UGCUAUUAUAUCCAAUGAAACACAAGAGAAGAUUGCUUGGCCCGAAAUUAGCACAAAUGUCAUUCCCAACACCAAACAAGCUAACAUCCCAACAACAUGCGAUGGCACUGAGCACUCUAAGCUAGCUGGUGAUAUUAUAGAAUAUAACACCAAUUGUAGCAAUGAUAAUCAAAUAAAUGGUUAUGCGAGCUUAAUAUCCACAAGGUCCCAAACUUUAACUGCUUCAAUCUCGGACGCAAACAACAACUCAGGAGCUCUGAAACUGGAAUCUAACAACCUGUGUAACAAAGUGUCCAUAGGAUGUACAUCAGCCUCUUAUGACAGAGCGUUCAGUCCGAUAUCUGAGUGUCAAAAUGGGCAUUGCGCCAAGUUGUCCGCAGAGCAUCCAGAGCUGAGAGUUCUCCGGUUCUCUCAUCCCGAAGGAAGCCUGCUUGCCGUCACAAGUCUGGAACCUAUUUUGGAAACUGAGCACCCGAUGGACAACGCGGCAAAAGAGUUAGCGAUGCAGCCAGGAGAGACCCGAGAUCACGAGCGACAUGCUAGCUUCUCCGAGGAACCACAGCCGCUACUCCGGACUUACAGUCAAAAACACUGCAGACCUGUAACUGUUUGUGACGUGUUCUCGGCUAGCACUGACGAUCUAGACAUCCGACUCGACAAACAUCAGAAAAAAAGCAAAAUCCAAUCUCGGUUUUCUGUUUUCUCCAAGAUUCCGUCAUUCAAAAAAGGCAAGAACUCAAAAGGAAGCAUCAACGAGGAGUCUUCUGAUGAGGUCCAACUUUCAGACAAUUCAAGCGAUGAUGCUUUUAGUGAAAACGGUAAAGAAAUUGUCAAAGAGAAUUCCGGAGAUAUCGAUACAUCUUUGCAGCGACAGCAAGAAAACAGCCAUGGUUCUCCUCUGCUUAGGCGGUCUCAGGUGCUGAACGGGCAAGCGGGGAAGAGGUCAAAGGUCAACGAGAGCCUAAACCUGCGGAUGCGUUUUGCUCAAGCCCAUCGCUCCCUCUCUAGCCUGUUUGAGGCUCGGAGCGGAGACAAGGAAAAUGUGGAGAAGGGUGGUGAUUCGGGUGAAGGGGAAGGGAUGGAGGUGAAACAGCCAUGGAGAAGGUUGAAGAAGGCAGAGGGGCUCAAAAGGACCCUCUCUGUGCCCAACGGUGCCACAAUGGACACCAGUAGUACAGGGGAGCAGACCACGAGCGCAGGGCUGGAAAGGGUCUGCCACACCGAUCCCAUCUCCAAACGCGGGGUUCCGUGUGCCGUAGAGGUCCCUCAGGGUUGCCUAUCGGAGGGUCAGAGGCGGAGGUGCACACAGAUCGGUACAAGUGCACUAGAUGAGUCACUGCAGCCUCAAUCCACACCCAGCAGCCCGGCCUCUCACUCCAUUCUUACCUAUCAGCAUUUACCUUUGUGGAGCAGAGUGCAUCCGGCUGCACCAGAGGCCCCCACAGAGGGUCCCGUGCGGCCUAUGAGCCCUAAACCAAACAGCCCCAGGCCCGCGGCCCAGCGCAGAGCCUUCCGGUACCCACCCUGCUCCCUGCGAAGUGGCUGUUCUGGGGGGCUGGGACAGGCGGUCAGUGUGGAUGGACUGUUGGAUGCUCCAGAGAGGCCCAAGAGUGUGAAGCCCUCGAGCAGCCCCGUGGGACCCCACCUCGCGGCGCUGGAUGUGGACAGCCAGUCUCAUAUCAGCCUGUAUGCCCUUGGCUCCACAGGGCAGUUAGAGAGGCGGGGUGAGAGCGUGGGGAGGGGCAGCAGACAGAGCACAUCAGAGGGCCCGGCUGGAGCACCCUGGAGCACCUCACAGUGCACCCCACAGAGCACCCCACAUACCCCACAUCAGCAUCCGAAGAGGAGGAGGAGUGUGGAUGACCUCUGGAUCCAAGAGCUGAGGAGAUCCAAGCACAAACUGUCUGUGGCCACUAGGGGGAGCCUGUGCCACUUCAGCUCUGUGCUGUGUCAGGAUUUGGACAAAGCGCCCUCUGGACCGGCCCUGGAGCACAUGGAGCCCUUUAGGGAUACCUCUCUCCGGGAUCACUGCUGGUCCCAGAGCACUCCCACAGGUUUGGACUGCCUGGGCUGGAGGAGGCAACUGUCCUGCUCUGCGGUGGUGGUCCCUGAUGGCCCAGAGAAGUGCAUUCUGGGAGAGGAGGGGGGCAGUGAGGAGGACCUACUGUAUGAGGACUACCGCAGCUCCUCGCACCGCUUUGGAGUGCCAGGAGGGGGCGGAGGAGAGCAGCUGGCCAUCAAUGAGCUGAUCAGUGAUGGCAGUGUGGUGUACGCGGAGGCCCUGUGGGAUCAUGUGACCAUGGAUGACCAGGAGCUGGGUUUUAAGGCGGGUGAUGUCAUCGAGGUGGUAGAUGCCACAAACAAAGAGUGGUGGUGGGGCCGCAUCCAGGACAGUGAGGGCUGGUUCCCCGCCAGCUUUGUACGGUUGCGUGUGAACCAGGACGAGCCCAUGGAGGAGUACCUGUCCCACCUGGAGGAAGGGCAGUCGGGGCAGGAUGACCCCUCACACCUGGGCCUGUACCUGGGACCCAGCUUGCCGUGCAAAGAGCAGAUGAGAUCCAACGUCAUCAACGAGAUCAUGAGCACCGAGAGGGACUAUAUCAAGCACCUCAAGGACAUAUGUGAGGGCUACAUAAAGCAGUGCCGUAAGCGCACGGACAUGUUCUCCGAGGAGCAGCUGAGGACCAUCUUUGGAAACAUUGAGGAGAUCUACCGCUUCCAGAGACGCUUCCUGAAAGCUCUGGAGAAGAGGUUCAACAAGGAGCAGCCCCACGCCAGCGAAGUGGGAGCCUGCUUCCUCCAGCACCAAACGGAGUUCCAGAUCUACUCGGAGUACUGUAAUAACCACCCAAACGCGUGCGCGCAGCUGUCCAGGCUGGUGAAGCUCAAUAAGUAUGUGUUCUUCUUCGAGGCGUGCCGUCUGCUGCAGCGCAUGAUCCAUAUCUCCUUGGACGGCUUCCUUCUCACACCCGUCCAGAAGAUCUGCAAGUACCCUCUGCAACUGGCCGAGCUGCUCAAAUACACCAACCCCCAGCACAGAGACUACAAAGACGUAGAGGCCGCGCUGGAUGCCAUGAAGAACGUGGCUCGCCUCAUCAACGAGAGGAAGAGACGUCUGGAGAACAUCGACAAGAUCGCCCAAUGGCAGAGCUCCAUUGAGGACUGGGAGGGCGAGGACAUUCUGAGCCGCAGCUCAGAGCUCAUCUUCUCUGGAGAGCUGACCAAACUGUCCCCUCCUCAGACCAAGGGUCAGCAGAGGAUGUUCUUCCUCUUCGACCACCAGAUGGUCUUCUGCAAGAAGGACCUCCUGCGCAGGGACAUAUUAUACUACAAAGGCCGGGUGGACAUGGACCAGAUGGAGGUUGUGGACGUGGAGGACGGGAGGGAGAAGGACUUUAACGUGAGUGUGAAGAACGCUCUGAAGCUGCGGGCGCGCUCUGGGGACCACCUCCUUCUGCUGUGUGCCAAGAAGCCCGAGCACAAGCAGCGCUGGCUCAGGGCUUUUGGAGACGAGAGAAGACAGGUGCUCGCUGACCGUGAGACAGGUUUCUCUCUGACUGAGGUGCAGAAGAAGCAGGCCAUGUUGAACGCCUGCAAGAGCCACCCCACAGGGAAGCCCAAAGCAGUGACACGACCGUACUACGACUUCCUGGUCCGGCAGAAGCACCCUUCCCUCCCCACGGCUCUGCCCCAGCAGCAGGUCUUCAUGCUGGCCGAGCCCAAGCGCAAGUCUGCCUCCACCUUCUGGCACAACAUCGGCAGGCUGACCCCAUUCAAGAAAUGAAGCGCUCCUCCUCACCAGACUAAUGAACUGAACAGAGGAGCGGGGACUAUGUGAAAGCACUUUAUAGUGGAGAGCAAUCAGACAAUGGGCCUAUGCCACUACUACUACUAUCACUACUGCUACUACUACUAUAACUACUACUACUACUGCUGCCAGUGAUCCGACUCCUGACUGUGCUGCCAUCGAAGUACCAUUACCUUUUGCCAAUGUCUCUGUGUGCCAGCCGCUUGGAUUGAAUUUUGUGUUUUUUCUAAAAGGGAUCCAGAGGAGACAGAGUAGCUUCAUCAUUCAGAGACCACCUGUUCUGCUCUAUUUGAUUGUUUUUUAUGCCAGAUGCCUUUCACAACAAUUGCCGAGACUAGAGUGGGCAAUGUUUUAACCCACAGACCUGGAAUUGAACUGGCUUCUCUCUUAUUCAUAGUUUACCGCCUAACUUACUACCAGAGGUGGGUAGAGUAGCCAGAAACUACCUAAGAGUACCAUUACUUUUCAUAAUAAUGUAAUGUAUAAAGUAGUGGUCCAAGAAAUAAUAAAAAAGUACUGUACUAUGAAAUCUACUACUAAAGUAACAUCUGAUUUAUAAUUUGAAGUAAUUGUAAUGAAUUAUGAACAAAGUCUGGUAUUUUCAAAGUACUUCUACCCAGAGAAGUACAAUUUGAUUAAAAGUACUACUAUUCACCUUUGCCUACUACUCCAAUGAGGUACAUAGACCUUUUAGGCUAAAACUUUGAACCUAGGACGCUGUAGCAAGUGACAAACAUUAGAUAUAUACGCAUUUUACUUUUGCAUUUGUAAGUAUUUGUAAGUUAAUAGAAAAAUACUUACAGAAAUGUUAACUUUGCAAUAGUUUUUCAUCAUAUCUACAGAUUGCAUACUUUACUAAAAGAAUACAUUUUAAAAUAUGUUAUAAUAAAAAUUGGAGACUAGAUUUUUAUUUUUAUUUUUUCCAUUAUAAAACUACUCUGGGAUUUCCAAAUUGUAUCUCAUUUAAAUUUACAAUUACCUAAAAUGACUAACUAUUAGAUCUGAUGUCAGUUAAUUAUUGAAAUGUGUCUUGGCUAAUUUCACUUUGCCACCAGUCUCCUCAUUUCCACAAUUUUGAAUACUCUGAUAGCACAACAUUUUAAAGGCUCUAUUCACUUCAGUACUUUGGAGUGACUUUAAUUGCUUAUUUUCAAGACGCCAUAUUGCUGAUCAACUCCCAUUUUCACCAUCGCCGUCUCCCUCUCCAAUUUUGUUCUCUUAAUCGGUGAUUCACUUAGGAUUUGACAGCACGAUUGCGAUUCAAAAUGUCCAAAUUAUAACAUAAUGAUUCACGGAUGUCAUAGAUUACAACUAUAUAGCAGAGACAAACACUAUAGGUCUUCUUUAACUAUCAUUUGUGUCCCUCAGCUUUAGCCUCACGUUUCUACCAGCAGAACAGGUGGGGUCUGUAGUUUAUCACACCACCAUAUCUCUAGACCUCUGCAGCUUGUUGAGUUUGUGGCUGGCACCUCUCUCUCCUCUCUGGUGUUCUUUAAGUGCCAUUGGACUUGUGCGAUGAGACCCCUGGUGGACGUGCAUGGAUGUGCUCAAACAUACUGUGAACUUUUGAUACUGGCGCCCCCUUGCUGUACAGUAUGUAGCUGCAGAUGUCCGCUUCCCACGUGCUGCCUCGCUCACAGCUUUGGACCAGCCCCUUCCCUCUCUGUGAAAAAAACACAUAUUUAUAACAUUUAUAAGUCAUAGUGGAUUUAACUCUGCAUACCAAAUAUGGAGUGUCCUGUGGGUGUGUUCAGACUUGGCAAUGCCGGGCGCAGGCUGUAGUGAAUAUGGUACAUGUCAAUGAGAAUGUUAUGGAAAUUAUGAAGGUUAUGUUUGAAAUUGUAUGUAUAUAUAUUUUUUCUUUUGGUAAAUUAUAUCAAGAUUAAUGUUGAUUUGAGAGAUGUUGUGUCAAAGGCACAUUGCAAAGUUAUUUAAAGUGCAUAUGACAGAUUUGACUACAAAUUUUUACUAAAACAUAGUUAAUAUAAUAAGUUAAGUUUAAAAUUUGACUUCCUUGUUGGAUGCAGAUAUGACAUAACAGAAGAAAUUCCAUAACUGUUACUCAGUGGUAGAAAGUAAAAGUAUUGCACUUAAAUACACUUUUUAGGUAUUUGCACUAUACUUAAGUAGAUUUUAAAGUGGAUACUUUUUUUUACUCUUAUCUGUACUUUCUCCUCCACUGCAUUUUUAACUUGACUGAAAAAUUAACUUUUCUUUUCAACUUUUUUCCACAAACUGCCACUUAACUGAUGUAAAACUGAUAAAUACUGACCACAGGUACUAUGAGGCACAUUCAAACCUGUCAUAUGCACUUUAAAGGUUCAAUUACAGGCAUUUUAUCCUAAAAAAAAAAUCGUACACAGAGCUGAUAAUUGUGUCUCACUACUUUGGCACCUCAGCGUUGGUCCUUCACAUUGUGUACCUCAUAAUCUAAAUACGACAGGUUGGCUUCUCUUGCCACUGGAUAAACUCAUGGAGUUAUUUUUCAAAAGAUUUCUAAUAUAUGUGGUUUGGUGACACAUUUCUAAUAUGGAAAUUCACGUUAUGUUAGGGGUGGGCAAUAUAUCAAAAAAUGGAAAAGAUUGUAAUUAUUGUUCUGAAGAUAUGCAAACUUAACAUAUAGUCUAUACAGUAUAUUGUCUAUAAAUGAAACAAUUUAAAGUUACAGUAAAAAGAGCUGAGUAAAAAUAAAAUGAGCAUAAACAUAUAGUGUAAUCUCCUAAAUCUGCCUGUAAUCAGGGCAGUCCUGUGUGAAGUCUCAUAGUACUUGAGACUGCAGAGUUCACUGAAGGCAGCACAAACUUACAGGUGUUUUUGACGAAAAAUCUGCAAAUGUACCUAGUUUGCACUAAAGUUGCCAAAAAUUUCAGUAGAUCAUGCUACACCGUGUACACAGUUUAGUAGCAAAAAGUGGAAUUAAGUGUUUAGUUCCACUUUAAUAUUGUUCCAGAGAUAAUGCAAAAAAUAUAUUGCGAUAGAAAGUUUUUAGAGUAUGGCCCACCCCUACUUUAUGUAUCUAUUUUAAGCAGUGCACUUGCAUGUUACUAAACUAUUUCUCUUAGCUAAGUUUUGAGAGAUAUUUUAUAUUUUGCUGCUGAGCUGACUGAGUCUGGGUAAACAGAGCACGCCCCGGCCUACACUGAAGUUGAAUGGUUAAGUUUUGCUUGCACCACAUGUAGCGCCUCCUGGUGGGCAUGGGUUAGUAUUACCGUUCUGUUAGAUUGUACUGUACAUACAUAAAGAGAGAUAUAUUUAUGGCGUUUUGUGUAUAUCUGACGAUGAGGAGGAUGGGAAAAGUGAAGGAGCCAAGUGUAAACACACCCUGACCCUUGACCCCUGACCUCUGCACUCCUGCGGUGUGCGGCCCCUCCCCCUCUGUAAGUGCAUUCAUACUGGACUUUUCUGCUCAUGGAAUAUUAAACAUUCCUCUACUUCUAAAA